AUGUCAAAAGUGGAACCAGCCUAUGUUCAUACACUUCCACCACAACCAGUGAUGGUUUCUGGAUGGGCACCACCGUUGCUAUUUGGCGAAUAUCCACAACAAUGUACUUGUAUUAAUUGUCGACAGAACAUUGUUACACGAGUUGAAAAAUCUGUUGGUUGUCAAACAUGGCUCAUAUGUGGUCUUCUUAUAUUUAUUGGAUUCUUUUUUCCACCAAUAUGGCUUGGAUUUUGCUUCAUACCAUUUUGUUGUAAUUCAACAAAAGAUACUCAACAUUAUUGUCCAGCAUGUGCCACUUUACUUGGUGCUCACAAAAAAUAA